GAGAUUGUAUCGCGUGAGAGUCACAGCCAAUGAGGAGGCGGAAGUGACGACUCUUCGCUGCCACCCGCAGCUGCUACGAGGCUGCAUCCUGAGUGGAUUGCUCUUCUGCCCCGCCAGGUUCUUUAUUUCUCAGGUAUCGCCGAGAGAUCAGCAUCAAGGCUGAACUAUACCAUUUAGAAGAAUGGAAGCGAAUGCAUCUGUCGACAUGUUUUCAAAAGUCCUGGAGAACCAGUUGCUUCAGACGACCAAACUAGUGGAAGAACAUUUGGAUGCAGAAAUUCAAAAGCUGGAUCAGAUGGAUGAGGAUGAAUUGGAACGCCUCAAAGAAAAGAGACUUGAGGCACUAAGGAAGGCUCAACAGCAGAAACAAGAAUGGCUUUCAAAAGGACAUGGGGAAUACAGAGAAAUUCCCAGUGAGAGAGACUUUUUCCAGGAAGUCAAAGAGAGUAAAAAAGUGGUCUGCCAUUUCUACAGAGACUCCACAUUCAGGUGUAAAAUACUAGACAGACAUUUGGCAAUACUGUCCAAGAAACAUCUUGAGACCAAAUUUUUGAAGCUGAAUGUGGAAAAAGCACCUUUCCUUUGUGAGAGACUUCGUAUCAAAGUCAUCCCCACACUAGCCCUGGUGAAAGAUGGAAAAACACAAGAUUUUGUUGUUGGAUUCUCUGACUUAGGAAAUACAGAUGAUUUCACCACAGAAACUUUAGAAUGGAGGCUCGGUUGUUCUGAUAUUCUCAAUUACAGUGGGAAUUUAAUGGAACCACCAUUUCAGAGCCAGAAGAAAUUUGGAACAAACUUCACAAAGCUGGAAAAGAAAACUAUUCGAGGAAAGAAAUAUGAUUCAGACUCUGAUGAUGAUUAGAAAUCAGUUUUAAUUCUUUGUAAAUCUACCUUUUAUUUCUCUUCUUCAGAAUGAGAUGUAUUUUCUAAAUUCUGUUGACUUCAGUACACUGGUCUUCUAAUGGUCAUCUUCUAGAGUUUUAGGCAGUUGCAUCGCAUUGAAAGACAUCUUUAAUAUUUUCUGUGUGGAGGCUCAUGUUUAAGGUGAGGAAAACUUCUGAGUUCUAAAAUUAUCUGAAAAAGGCCUGGAUUCUCUAUUUUUGAGAUUGGUUUUAUCAUGAUAUGAUUCUUACAUUUUUAUACCAUUCUCAGUUGUGUUUUUAAUCUACUAGAUUAGAAAUAGAAUGCAGCAAACUCUUCUAGGACUAAUUCUUACACGGCAUUAUUUACAUUACACAAGAGGUCAAGUAAUAUUUACUGGUGUAAAAGACUGCACUCGUAAAUGAAUUAGAAACACUCUUCACUUCUGCAAUAUAUUUAACUAUUAAAGAACUGUUUAUUUAUUCUGUA